AUGAAGCGAUUACCUGGUCGGGGUCAUUGGAGCCAGAGAGAGGCGCGUCUACCUGGCCCAGGCCGCACACGCCGCACACGCCGACCCCGCUGCUGCUACAAUCCGAGCGAGCACAUCGACCCUCCAGUGCUCCAGUCAGCGCCCGGGUGUGCGGAACACACCACCAACAACCGCAACAUGCCCGCGGACCGUCCCUGCUCCACAGCCACGGAGAACAUUCCACCAGCUUCUCUCUCGGACCACACCACAUCCACCGACUGCAUCAUCACGGCACACAUGGAUUACGUCAUCAGAAUGCGACCGGCAUCAGACCACAUAAACAAAAACAGCGGAGACAUGGAAAACGCGGGGUGGAUUUUCGCCUGCUCCGCACUCUUCCAAAACAUAAGCCCACUUCUGAAUUAA